UGCUGAUGGGGCAAUAGCCUACGAUCGAAUGCGGGAACCAACAGACUGCAUGCUUAUAGUCGCAUGCACUUGUAGCCUUCAUAUCAACUGGGAGAAUAGGCUAUUUGAAGUUGAAAACUACAGUUGAUUCCUGUCGGUGAUAGUUCUUAGAUACGAAAUGGAUGCCAAUCCAUCCUUCUCGCUGGCAUGUCUUUACAGAAGCGAUCCAAUGUAUUCGCUCUGUGCCUCAGAUUUAAUGACCGCUUCUCAAACUGUGAACAAUAAUUUCAUAAAGGAACAGAAGCAACUUAUGAAGACUCUGAAGAGGCUGGAGCAGCAGCAGCUUACCUGCAUGCGUCAGCUGAACGAGGAGCAGAGGACCUUUGCCUUCGUCAUGAACAAGAGGCUAAGCCAGAGGGGCGCUACGAGGCCUCAAACGCUCCCCUCCACCUCAGUCUCCUCUUCCAUCGUCCCUCUGUCCAUUAGAGGGUCCCGGUCUGCCCCGGCUGCUCUCGCCACCCGCAAUGGGGCCAACAGAGUUGGCAGUGCCAAGAGCGCCAACAGCAGAGUCAAGUUUGAGCAGUCUUCUUCCAGCCUCUCGCCGUGGUCAGUGAAAUUACAGAAGAAGAGUAUGGAGAUGCAAGACAGGGAUGCAAGGGAGGUGAGCACUGUUUUGAAGGAGUUUGGGGCCUCGGCUGGUCAAAGGUGUUGUUGUGAAUGUGGUCACACCAGGGAGCUGUUGGACAGGAGACUGAGUUGUCCAGCCAUAUUACAGAGGCAUCACUCUUGAUUUUGCUACGGUAUGGGGUGUCAUGGAUGUACGAUACAGUAUAUUGCUACAGGGGGGUGCGAGAGUUUCUCUUGAACAUCAUCUACCUACUCGUACUGGAUCGAUAUAGCUACCUUAUUUCUUGGAGGUUAUGCCAUUCCAAUGGAUAUCUGAACAGCAUUUUACGUCAUGACCGAUAAAUGAGUAACACUGUAUGUCAUGACAGCUUCAUAAUAAGUUACAUGAACUAUGUCAACAUGUCAUUACACCUUUAACUGUUUACAAUACAUGAAAAAUGACACUGACUUGUCACUUGACAUUCAGUGACAUAAGAUGCCUUUACAUCUUUUGACAUUUGUUAUGUCAUGUUUAUGACCAUAAUAUGACACUGUUAUGACGUACAGUUCAAAUAAAGUGUUACCAAGGUACAUUCUGUGUUCACCUAUAUAACUUGUUUCCUGAAGAUGACAACAUAAUAUGUAUCUAUUGUUUUUGUUUUUUUCAUGGGAAGUUGAAUGCCAAGUUUUAUUUUUUAUCAAAAUGUAAAUUAGAUCUGACUUUUACUCAAAGGAAUAUGUUCAUAAUGUUUUUGUUUUAUUUAUGACAGAUUUUUGUGUGUGUAGUUUACCAAAUAAACUGUAAACUGUAGUUUAAACUGUAUGUUGAGGUUGGAAUUCAAACAUUUGAUUUUAGACCAAUGACAGCAUUAAGAGAUGAAAACGACAUGACAUCAUCCUGUGUGACGCAUUGUGAAACAACGUUCAACGGAAGGAAAUCACAGAAGAUUGUGCAGAGUUGAGGACGUAGGCUAGCAAUCGCUUGUACAGCACUACAACAAAAUCAUUUAGUUAAAAUAUUUAGUAUUUUCAAAAGUUGGUACUCAAAUUGUAUCUACGCUGAGAGUCCAACCUGGAAGGACAGAAAAGUAACGUGUACCGUUCCAGGAAGAAAACCACUAAAGAGAUUGAGUGCAAUCUUGUGCCGAAAUCCGAACAUUAUGGGAGCUGUUUUUGGGGCAUUUUCUGUCGCAAGCUGGGUGCCAUGUCUAUGUAGCAGUGCGACAUGCUUGCUGUGCAGAUGCUGUCCCCAGAGCAAGAACUCCACGGUGACGCGAGUCAUCUACGCCUUCAUCCUGUUGCUAGGGACCAUUAUAGCCUGCAUCAUGCUGUCACCGGGAGUGGACGAGCUGCUAAAAAAGAUUCCUGGGUUCUGUGAAGACGGAGCAGGCUCUUCUAUCCCAGGAAUCCAUGCCAACAUGAACUGUGAGAUCUUUGUGGGCUAUAAAGCCGUGUACCGGGUGUGCUUCGGCAUGAGCAUGUGUUUCCUGGUGUUCGCUCUGAUUAUGAUCAACGUCAAGAACAGCCGAGACCCACGCUCUGCCAUCCACAACGGGUUUUGGUUCUUUAAGAUUGCCACCAUGGUUGCAGUGACAGUCGGUGCCUUUUAUAUCCCUGAGGGGCCUUUCACUCACCUGUGGUUCGUGGUGGGUAUCUGUGGGGCGUUCUGCUUCAUCCUGAUCCAGCUGGUCCUGCUGGUGGAUUUUGCCCACUCCUGGAAUGAGUCCUGGGUGGAUAACAUGGAGAGCGGGAACUCCAGGGGCUGGUAUGCUGCCUUGCUCGCUGUAACUGGCCUCAACUACAUCAUGUCCUUUAUCGCCGUUGUCCUGAUGUACCUGUUCUACACUCAGUCAAAGGGCUGUCUGCUCAACAAGUUCUUCAUCAGUUUCAACAUGAUUCUCUGUGCUGUAGCCUCUGUCGUGUCCAUACUGCCCAGAGUACAGAAAUUCCAGCCCCAAUCCGGUCUACUCCAGUCCUCCUUCAUGACUAUGUACACCAUGUAUCUGACCUGGUCGGCCAUGACCAACGAGCCUGACCGUACAUGUAACCCCAGCCUGCUGAGCAUCUUCCAGCAGACACUGGUGCCCACGCUGGCCCCACUGGAGAUCGAGAACCAGACGACUGUGGUGAUCAUUGGCACCGAAGAGCCCAUCCUCUCCUCCCCCUAUCUGCAGUGGUGGGACGCCCAGAGCAUUGUGGGAUUGGCCAUCUUCAUCCUCUGCAUCCUCUACUCCAGCAUCCGCUCGUCCAACACCAGCCAGGUGAACAAGUUAACCAUGGCCUCUAACGACACAGUGAUCCUGGAAGAGAGUAAAGCAGGCACCCCGGACGAGGAGGGAGGGACGGGGAGCAAGGGUCCCAGGCGUGUGGAGGAUAACGAGAGGGACACGGUCCAGUACAGCUAUUUCUUCUUCCACUUCAUGCUCUUCCUGGCUUCGCUCUACAUCAUGAUGACUCUCACCAACUGGUACAGUCCUGAUGCAGACUACAAUGCCAUGACCAGCAAGUGGCCGGCGGUUUGGGUGAAGAUCUCCUCCAGUUGGGUAUGCCUUACCCUCUAUACCUGGACCCUGGUCGCCCCAAUGAUACUCACCAACCGGGACUUUAGCUGAAAACGGUUCCACCAACUCAGUAUUUUCUUUUCACUUUCCUUAUUGUCAUUCCUGAUUUAGUAAAAAAAAACUGUGCGUUUUACAUAGACAUUGACCACAUUGCCUACAUUUCAAAUGAUUGCCUGUCAAAAUGAACUGUUUUGUUUUGUGUAUUAGAUGUUGAUGGUUUCGCAUAACAAAUCUCUUUAGUUAGCCUUUUAGAUGCAUUAGAAGAAAUAGAUUCACAUAUGAACCUGGUGUUAAAUCGCUAACCUUGUUGGUACAUUUGAAGGUUUACACAUGUGUUUUUUAGUCCAUUUUGUGCAAUUAGGGACCAAAUCAUGUAUUGAUGGUUGACCUUUAUGUCAAAGGAACAUUUUUUAUUUUUUUUAUUUUUGUACAUUCUCUCAAUGUAAAUUCAUCUUUGACUGACUGACAUUACAAACCAAAUAUAAGAAUGUAAGAUCCUU